AUGAAAAAAAAACGAGUGUCCGCUGUUAAGAACAGAAUGCUCAGGAUAUUCCCUGCGGCUAUUGUUUACUUCUUGUUUCUUUUAUUCAGUAUGGCAAGUUCUCGCGGCGGCACGCUACCAAAUCAUCUUAAAUUGAGUUCAGCAUUGACAUGCCGGCUAGUGGGCGGUCUCACCAGGGAACAGAGAGCCGUGUGCCAAGAAACGCCUGAUACAGUCUCUAUAGCCUUCGAGGGUCUACAGCUGGCGGUUAAGGAAUGCCAACACCAGUUCCGAUGGCACAGGUGGAACUGUUCCAAUUUGAUCACGAAAAGUUCUAAUCCUCACACGAGUGGAAUAAUGAAAAGAGCUAAUGACACUAUUGUGAGAAGAAAUUUUGAGUUCAAACAGUUGACGAUGUUAAGAUUAGGUGGUCAGAGGCGUGCGGCGUCGGCUAGGUCACGUGAGGGAAUGAAGCGCGCGUGCAGGGUGGCGGCGUACACACCUCGAUACGAAUCUGAAACGCGUCCGCACGUGACAUGA